AUGCGCGCCGCGAUCCGCCUUCUGUCGGGCGAGCGCCCGGUCAACUCCUUUCCCAAGACGGCGGCGAACUACCGCGAGCUGACGCCGCUGAGCUACGUCGAGCGCGCCGCCGUCGUCUUCGACGACUCGCCGGCGGUCGUCGACGGCGACGCGACGCGGACCUGGGCCGAGACGUUCGCGCGGUGCUGCGGCCUCGGCGACGCGCUGCGGCGCGAGGGCUGCGGCCGCGGCGACGUCGUCCAGGUCAUGCUCGACAACACGGCGGAGAUGGUCGAGGCGCAGCACGGCGUGCCGAUGAGCGGCGCGACGCUCGGCUGCGUCAACACGCGGCUCGACGCGGCGACCGUCGCCUACGUGCUCGAGCACAGCGAGGCGCGCGUCCUCGUCGCCGACGCGCGCUACGCUGGGACCUACGGCCCCGCGCUCGCGGCGCUCGCGAACCCGCCGCGCCUCGUCGUCGUCGGCGGGCCCGGCGCGACCUACGAGGCCUUCGUCGCGUCCGGCGACGCGGGCUCGGGCUUCGUGCGCCCCAGGGACGAGUGGGACGCGCUCGCGGUCAACUACACGUUCCACUGCAACGGCUGGGGCUUCCCCUGGACGCUGCCCGCCGUCGGCGGCGCGAACGUCUGCCUCCGCGACGUCUCCGCGGACGCGAUCGCGGACGCGUUCGUCGCCGCGCGCGUCACGCACCUCUGCGGCGCGCCCGUCGUCGUCCGCACGGCCAUCGAGGCCGCGGCGGCGACGCGCGCCGCGCGCGGCGGCGAGCGCGCGGCGCCCCUGCGCAUGAUGACCGGCGGCGCGCCGCCGCCGGCCGCGACGCUCCGCCGCGCCGAGGCCGCGGGCCUCGACGUCACGCACGUCUACGGCCUCACGGAGACCUACGGCCCGGCGACGCUCUGCCAGCCGCGCGCCAAGUGGGCGGCCCUGACCGACGCCGCGGCCGCGGAGAAGCGGUCGCGCCAGGGCGUCGCGCACGCGGCGACGGGCGGCGUCGACGUCCUGGACCGGGACACGGGCGCGCCCGUGCCCGCGGACGGGGCGACCAUGGGCGAGAUCUGCUUCCGGGGGAACAUCGUCAUGAAGGGCUACCUCAAGGACGCCGCGGCGACGGCCGCCGCGUUCCGGCUCGGCGCGUUCGCGUCGGGCGACCUCGCGGUGAAGCACGCCGACGGCUACGUGCAGAUCAAGGACCGGUCCAAGGACAUCAUCAUCUCCGGGGGCGAGAACAUCUCCACCGUCGAGAUCGAGGCCGCGCUCAUGGAGCACGACGACGUCGAGGAGUGCGCCGUCGUCGCGCGGCCCGACGCGCACUGGGGCGAGACGCCGUGCGCCUUCGUCGAGACGCGCGCCGGCGCGACGCUCGACGAGGCCUCGCUCCUGGCCUUCGCCAAGGGGCGCCUCGCGGGCUUCAAGGCGCCGAAGUCCGUCGUCUUCGGCGCGCUGCCGAAGACGUCCACGGGCAAGAUCCAGAAGUUCGCCCUGCGGGACCGCGCGCGGGCGCUCUAG